AUUUACGAAUAGAAUGGAAUUUUUUGAUGACAGGCAAGUGUGUUGUCUAAGUUUAAGCAACAAAGGUCACCUUUCCUCUAAGGACAAGAGUAGAGUUCUUAUUGUUCCUGAAAAGAAAGUUUACGACGAAUCGAUCUCAGACCCAAAGGCGAGCAGGAAAAACAAUAUAUGAUCAUUUAAUCUGACAUUUCUGAAUAAGAACUAGGCAUAUCACAAUUCGUUAUCAACAGGUUAGUUUCAUUUUCAGCCAGGGUGCUUCCAGGUGAAGCGAGACUCCUUCCUGUAACGCUAGAAUUGAUUUUUACUUUGAUGCAAAUUAAUACUGUCACCUAUAAACUAAUAUUUUCACACUAGCUCAUUAACUCAGUAUGAGGUCACUUUGAGGUUCAAUUCCCUCAAGGAUGAUAAUUAAUAUUAGCCAAGGCUCUCUGAAACUCUAACCUUCAAACGACAGGGACGUGCGUGAUCAUUUAAAUUAAGCUGAUUCUCUUAAAUGAAAUUCUGCCAUGUAAUUACGAUUCCAAGUAGAAAUUGUCAGCUCGCAGGGUAUCUUGACAGACGGCUCUCGAGUUUUCAUUAUACGUCAGACACAGAUUACCUCACAAAGGCUUUGCUCACCACUGAUUGGCGCAAACUCGCACACCAUUGAAAUAAAGUUUUGACACCUUGUGCAGUGUCUACAGUCAACACAAGCAGGCCUGAAUCGCUUACGAACAAAGGGAAUAACUUCUUCCUCGCAGGCUAAUUUUUUUUCCAGUUCGGUCGCUGCGACCGCCUUUUUCGAUGCCGAUUACAACUCAAACGCGCGUUAACCCGCGGUUUGCGGGUAGAUCGCAUAUGCUGGCCUCAGUGAAAGAAGGUCUCUAUCACCCGAUGUUACCAACAUUCCGGCGUAUGGACAUGGAUACGGCAGUUCACAAGUUACCCGAAGAACACUCGCGAACUACGACUCCACUGACACGGGAGGAUUUUGAAAGCCGCACUAUCACCCUGUUCAGACCAGCUGAGAAGUCGUUGUCAGGCACACGAAUAACCGAGACGGGGCGACAACUUCAAUCUACUUCCUACCAGCCCAUCGAAUCAGGGGGUAUGGCAGAAUUUCUAAAGCGAUCAAUGACGUCACAGUCUCAGAAACAACCAUCCCCUCUUCCUCCCAAUGAACCAUCAGAACCAUACACAUUUAUGCCUGAACCAUAUCUCAAGUAUUCUGCAGAUCAGAUGAAGUUCAAUGGUUAUGCAACAAGAUACCUGUCACCAAGGGAGACUGCAUCAUGGAGAUAUUCCCUCAGACAGGAACCCUAUAUUGACACAAGGGGUCAGCGACCAAUUCCUGCCACCAUCUAUAGUCGCUAUCGAGACGCUCAUCCAAGAGCCAGUGUUGCAGCAAUGCACUGGCGGUGAAGAUGGACAGCAUGCUUGAAACUCUUCAGACUUUUUUAUAACAGACUGCCAUCAAAAAUACCAAACUCAUGAACCAUUUCCUUUUCUAGUAAGCCCCCAAAUGUCCUUCUCUACAUUUGAAAUUGUGUUUCAGCACCAGAGUGGAAUAAAAAAUAAGUAAAUAAAUAAAAAACCCAUUGUUGUGAAUCUAGAUUCACAUUGGCAUUUGAAAUUUUUAUUAAAAAUGCAACAUCUGAGAAAGUAUGAUCAGCAAAAUUGUUAAUGGUGAUACAAGUGUGUAUAUGUAUAUUAAAAUAUC